AUGUCUAAAAUACCAAGCGAGCAGGUGGUCAUUGUCGAAAUCGACGCAAAUGCGAAGAUGGGACUCGAACAGCAAUCCGUUGUGCUAGGAAAAUGGUACUAUGCAGCGAAGCGCACGUCGGACAACGGUGACCGUCUGGUCGACUUGUGCGAACAGACGGGCCUCAUCAUCGCUUCCACGUUUAAUAGGAAUCAUCGACGCCAUCAGCUCACGUGGCAGGGGUCAACCCUUUUAACGCCUGAAGAGCAGCGCAGGCGGAAGAUGAGGACUCUUAAGCUUAAGCUCGACUACGUUUUGGCGAGGAACAUUCCUCAGUCAGAUAUCCGAAAAUCUAGAGCUGUUUUGGACGUCGCGUUCGACUCUAACCACCGUCCAGUUCUUCUCAGCUUCAAGAUACGGUUCCACAAGAGAAAUGGAGGAGUUCCUCUCCAACCGAAAGUCGACAUGGCAAGUCUGAAAGACGAUGAAUUCAGAACAAAAUUCCGCCAACGUGUGUCUAUUCAUGUUGGAGUACGGACCAGGAAGAAGUAUAGCGACGCGGAUUCCUUCACAAAGUACACCCAGGACGCUGCAAAGGAAACGCUCCCGGUUCUAUUGCCGCGGAAGAAGUUUGCCUUUGCAUCUGCUGAAACAAAAUCCACAUACAAUUCUGUAUGUGUCGCGCGCAGCGCUGGUGACUUCAACCAGGAAAUGCGUCUUAGAAGGAAGCUGCGUCGUCAACUGCAACAAGACCUCGAUAACGAGUGA